GCGCCCGGCAACUCACGGGGGGCUUAAUCGGGAGGAAAAUUGGAUUUGUAUGCCUGGGAUAAUGAAAACCUAUUGGGCCGGGCGGGUUUUGUUCUGGUACGCCUCCAUCGUUCACACGAAACCGAGCUAAAAACGGGGAAAAUUUAUCACGAGGUAGAUAGACGAGGGAGAGGCUAAAAAGCGUUCUAGGGUUUAUCUCUCUCCUCGAAAAUCAACACCAUUACCAAGCUCCGAUCUUCGUCUCUGGUUUUCCCUCUCUCUACACGGAUACCUUCAUCAGCAGAUCAAUCAGGUACUGGAGUGCAAGGGUGUGUGCGUUUGACGACCCAUUAUGGAGGUUAAAACAUCGGGGAAACCGAUUGAUCAACUUUUGGAGAAGGUUCUUUGCAUGAACAUUCUCUCUUCCGAUUACUUCAAAGAGCUUUACCGAUUGAAAACUUAUCAUGAAGUGGUAGAUGAGAUUUACAAUCAAGUUGAUCAUGUGGAGCCAUGGAUGACUGGAAACUGUCGAGGCCCUUCAACGGCAUUUUGUCUUCUGUACAAGUUUUUCACUAUGAAGCUCACUGUGAAGCAAAUGCAUGGCCUGUUAAAGCAUCCAGAUUCACCUUAUAUAAGAGCUGUUGGAUUUCUUUACUUGAGAAUUGCUGGAGAUCCAAAAACAUUGUGGAGCUGGUUUGAACCAUAUGUCAAAGAUGAUGAGGAAUUCUCUCCAGGCUCCAGUGGCCGAAUGACCACAAUGGGUGUGUACGUGCGUGAUUUACUUCUUGGACAGUACUAUUUCGAUACACUCUUUCCCCGUGUCCCUGUUCCCGUGGUGAGGCAGAUCAUGGCCCACCUUGAAAAGAUGAAGCUCCCCGCUAAACACUCGGGAGUGACCGGAGACGACUCCCGCGGGUCUGAGGACACUGCCCGUCGGCCACCUUCUGUCAAAGCUUCCCUUUCAGUCUCCUUUGGUCAGCGGGCCCCACAUCGAGCAUCAACUAGGGGUUCAUCCCCUGUUCGCCGGACACUGCCUCCCCCAGCUCAUGAUAGAGAGAGUGACAGGGAUCGGGAUCGGGAACGGGUACGGGACAGAGAUAGAGAAAGUGAUCGGGACAGAUAUAGAGAAAGGGAUCGGGACAGAGACAGGGACAGGGAAAGGGUAAGAGACCGAGAAAGGGAUAGGGAACGAGAAAGGGACAGAGAUAGUAGAAGAGAUGACUAUGACAGGAGGUCCAGAGAAAGAAGCAGAAGAGACGGCCGUAGUCGGAGCAGGAGCAGGAGCAGAAGUCGAAGCCGAAGUAUCCAAACUCAUAGUGCGCGGUAUGAACAUGAAAAUGGAAGCAAAGAGAAGGCAUCUGCGUCUAGUAAUUUAGCCAAGCUUAGGGACAUGUAUGGUGACCUGAGCAUGAAGAAAGAAGAUGAGUCCAGAGAUAGGGUUCUUAGUAGGGAUAGUGGUGGUGAAGAGGUUAUCAGGCUUGGAGGCUCUACUUGGAAGUAGACAACACUAGUUCCUAUUAAGGGCAGAGAGUAUCAGUCUGAUUGAAUUGCUCUGAUUUCCUUCUUAUAACCUCUCAUUUCGGACGAUUUCUAUUGAAACACGUGUAUUGCAUCUGCAGUUUUGCUGCAUGUAUAUUAGUUGUAACUUAACAAGGCUCAUUUCAUAAGUUCUCGAGAUUGUUUGUGUUCGAUUGUGUUGAAGAAA